AUGAUGAAUAACUUACUCCCCAAGUCGUGUCUGAAAGAGAUCCAAAGAUUACAAAUAAAUUUUAUAUGGGGAGACUCUCAUAGUGGUAGGAAGGUUCAUGUAGUUAAAUGGAAGACAAUUACAAUGCCUAAGGAAAAUGGAGGUUUGAGGCUUAGGGAUCUUUCAGCCAUGAAUCAUGCUUGUAUCUUGAAGUUGGCAUGGCAGUUAAUCAUUGGUGCGGAGGAUUUAUGGUGUAUACUAUUGAGAGGUCUUUACAAAGACGUGUAG